AUGUUAUAACAGAAAAAAAUUACAUUUUUGCUUUUUGCAUUAUUGAAAUAAACUGGCAUUUAAAUGGUUAAAAUUCAGAAUAAUGAAUUAGUAUUUGGUAGUAAGGAUCAGGUCUGAAGUUUCUUAAAAGAAACUCCCUGAAAGUGUAUUCUAUAAAUGUAUGAUUUUUUUUUAUGGCAGAUUUUUGACACAUCUUUUGUCAUUUAACAACAUGAGAUGAACUUUUUUAAAGCGAGGAACAUUGAUUAUGUAUUUUUGUGUCUUCCAGCCAACAAGCCUGCAGAUAUUGACAGUCCAGACACUUCCAGUACAGCAACCUUGGCCAAGCACUACAAGACCCUACAAACAUUGUAUAAAAGAAAAAAUCCAAACCACCAAGAUGUCUCUCAUCUCCUGGAUUUGGAAUUUGUAGCUAAAAGAGCAUUCAUUGAUUCAAAUACCAUUCGCGAGGAGGACAGACAUGAUAAAGUUCUAGAAGCGUAUCCUUGUUUCAAGGACAUUGGACAUGUGAUGGAGGAGCUUCAACGUAUUUUGGAGAGGGAUAAUGGCAGCUUCAUCGAUGAACUGAAGGGAAGGUGGUGUGACUUCUGCCAGAAGGUGCAGUUUUUCGGUGUAUGGAAAAAGAUGCUGAAACCCCCAAUGGGAAUGGACCAAGCUAAACAGGCUCUUGAGAUCCUACGUGUGCUGCCAUCACUGUUCCCCUCCAUGUCUGCUCCUCCAAAGAGAGUACGGGAUGCAGGUGAGGCCCUGGUGCAUGUCCUUGAGGUGAGCUGUGUAAAAUGUUGCAGUGUUGAAAAAAUUAGAACUGAAAGUGAUGCCUUUGACAAUUCUGUUCCUAUACGGUGGAUAUUAGACGGCGUGGAGGAGGUCGCUUGCAGCAUCGACAAGGAAGUCAUUGUGAGCGCUUACAAGAAGGUGAGCGGCCCGGGCCCGGUCGCUGGUAGUCAUUGUGGCUGGCAGUGA